AUGUGGUUGAAAUCCUUGCUGCUCUGCCUGUACUCCUUAGUACUCUGCCAAGUCCACGCUGCACCUUCAUCAGGGAAGCAGAUUACCUCCAAGGAUGUUGAUCUUCAGAAAAAAUAUGAGCCCAGUCCCCCCGCCACACAUCGUGGAAUAAUCACUAUCGAAUACUUUGAUCCCGUUUCGAAGUCGAUGAAAGAGGCGGAUCUGACUUUUGAGUUGUACGGUACUGUCGUGCCCAAAACUGUGAACAACUUUGCUAUGCUGGCCCAUGGUGUUAAGGCAGUUAUCGAAGGGAAAGAUCCCAAUGAUAUACAUACUUACUCGUACCGUAAGACCAAAAUCAACAAGGUUUACCCUAACAAGUAUAUCCAGGGUGGUGUGGUUGCCCCAGAUGUGGGUCCUUUCACCGUCUAUGGGCCCAAAUUUGAUGACGAAAACUUUUACUUAAAACAUGACAGGCCUGAAAGACUCGCAAUGGCCUAUUUUGGACCUGAUUCUAACACCUCGGAAUUCAUCAUCACCACUAAAGCCGAUGGAAAUGAGGAAUUGGAUGGCAAAAGUGUCGUGUUUGGUCAAAUAACUUCUGGUCUAGAUCAACUAAUGGAUGCUAUUCAAUACACAGAAACAGACGAAUAUGGAAAGCCUCAGCAUGAAUUACGGUUCCUGUAUUUCGUUCUAGAAAUCUUAAAAAUUAGUAACAUCUUAGAUUUGCACGCUGCGUACACAGAAAAAGUCGAGAAGUUUAGAAAUGGCGAUGUGUCUGUUGGCUCCACUUUGGAAAACAUCUUCCGUAACGAUAAAGCCUACACACCUUUAACCACCUCCACUGGAACCACCGCCUAUGAUUUAAACCACCCAAUUUCCAGAGCCUUGAUGUGUUUAACUGUUCUUGGCCUUUGUUUCAUUGCCUACAAGGGCAUGCACGAAAAGCCUCAUACGGUUUCAUUAAGACACAAGUAA